GUAUAGAACACAGAAGUGUCGUACCUGGCAGUAAAAAGCAACCUUUACGUCCUGAUGGGGAAUAGGCCUGCCUUCCUUAAAAUUCUUUCUCUUUCUAUAGUUUUUGCCAACACUGCAGAGUCGCAGCCCAUCUUCAUAAAGGAGCCUCCUUCCCCUUCCUUAGUUUUGGAAGGUAACGAAUUAUUUCUACAAUGGAAAUCCACUCUUGGUGAAUCGCUUAGCGAAGCUAGGAUCGAUCUGUUGACAAACGGACCAACAAAUGUUGCAGCUCUCAGUGCAUUAGACGUUUUUCUGAAAAGACCAGUCCAUAUAGAUCUUGCUUUCGUUGGUCGGGUGGCAGCAAAUAUUACAGAUACACAAACAAACUUAACUUUCUUUUCGGUGAACAGAAAUGAUAGUGGGAAGUAUCGACUUCAACUGGUUCUUGAUAAUGCAGCGCGAACGAAGGUGAACAGUGAAGUGACAAUCACAGUGUUGUAUCCACCAGAAUUCACUAGCAUCAGUGAUGAUGUUGUUCUUGUUGAAGGUGAAGGUGACCCCAGUGUUACUUUAGAGUGUACUGCAGAUGGUGAACCAACACCAAACAUCAGCUGGACCAGAGUAUAUGCUAAUGAAAGUGAUAGUGGUGUUCUGGCAACUGGGAAUCAGUUUGUCCUUGAAAACAACAGAACUAACAGUGGAACAUAUUGCUGUACGGCAUAUAACGGGAUAGGAACUACACCAAAUCGCACAGUGAAAGUAGAAGUUAACUUUAGACCAGAGAUUGUCAAGCCAUCGGUGAAUGAUUCAACCGCCUGUGAAGGUGAUGUUAUUAGUAUCACCUGUUCAGCGGACAGCAGACCUGCAGUGCAUACUUAUCAACUGUUUGAGAAUGGAAUACUGGUUGUUGAUGGAAACAGCUCAGCUUGGGUAUGGAUAUUGAGGAGGGAUUUAAGAGAAGGAAACUUUAGCUACAGAUGUGUGGCUAAUAACACCAUUGGUACAACUGAGGAGACUUUCAGUAUCGCAGUAAAAGUACCCUCUAAAAUUUAUCCUUUUGAGAACAUCACGGUGAUAGAAGGCGACAACAGGACUUUAACAUGUAAUGCUUCUGGAAGUAUGCUGACUGUGACAUGGACGGAAGUUAGCACGGGUAGUCAGUCCAACGGAAUCAUACGUGAUCUUACAAACAUCAGUAGGAAUGAUGCUGGUGAAUACAAAUGUGAAGCUGUAAAUGACUGUGGAACCAGCUCUGCCAGCACUUUCCUCUCUGUGCUCUACAAACCAGAGAAUGUCCAGUUAAUCAAUUCUGCCAUGGACAACAAAGCGUGCAAGGGAGAAGUUAUCACCUUCAACUGCUCAGCUGAUCCUAAGCCAGCGGUGACGUCAUACCAGCUGUAUAAGAAUGACACUGUUAUGUACGCCAGCCUUUCAGGAAUGUGGAGGGAGACAUUAGAAAGUGGAGGAGUGUUUGUGUACAAAUGUGUGGCUAACAACAGUGUGGGAUCAACAUACAGUGCGGAUGUUAUGUUCACUGUGAAUGUGCCUCCAUCCAUACAACUAAUCAACAACAAGAAGGUUAUUAAAGGUGACAAUGUGACUCUGAUGUGUAAGGUAUCUGGAAUGCCUCCACCAAUGGUGUCUUGGAUGAAACCUAAUAGUCAGCGUCAAAGUGGAUAUAUGUUGGAGCUUGUGACCAUUAGCAGGAAUGAAGCUGGUGAAUACAAAUGUGAAGCCAGUAAUGAGUGUGGUAAUGUAACAGAGAUGGCAACAAUUGAUGUCCACUAUGCACCAACGAUUACAAACAGUUCUGGUGGGCAGACUGUAAACAAAGGUCACGUGAUGAGUUUGUUCUGUACGGCAGAAGGUAAUCCAGCACCAACUAUAACGUGGACAAAAGUGGACGAUGAUAACAGUCCAGUGAACUUCCCUUUGAUCAUCCGUGGUAGUCAGGAUGAAGGACUGUACAGAUGUACUGCUAAGAAUGGUGUUGGAAGCGCUGUGACUAGGGAUGUCAGCAUAACAGUACAUCGAAACCCUUGCCUUGAGGAAUGUACGAAUGGACGAAAUUGUAGAGAAUUCGGAAAAUACCUUUGCUUAUGUCCAAAAGGGAAAACAGGACAAAAUUGCAAAGAAAAUGACACAAUGGCGGUUGUUAUCAUGAUCAGCCUUAAAAUUAAUAAUAAAAAGUGGAGAGAGGAACUUACCGACUUGUCUGACUUAGAUACACAAGGGUUUGUUGGAGUAAUCGUAGAUUCGGUGGAUGUAGAAUUCAAAGGUUCUGGUGUCAGAGAAAUUAAUGUGACGCGACUGAGAGAGGGAAGUGUCAUUGCAGACAUAUCGCUCACAUUUGGCGAGCCUGUUGGAGAAAGUGAGGUAGAAUCAUUUCUACAAGAUGCGGUUAAUGAUGGAGGCCUUGGUACUCUAAGAGUAGAUACUUUCGUCGUAGGACCAACUCUUCCAGAUUUAGUCACGGUUCCCGGUCCAGUUCCAUCAGAACCAACAAAGGUGAAUAAGGAUGUUAUUUACGGCUCAGUUAUUGGGGUCCUUGGCCUGAUUCUCGCUGUUAUUGCCGUUUUCACUGCCUGGAAACACCGCCAACGUGAAAGAGAUGAUCGACUUAAUGCAAGUACUAGGAAGUCACGCACUCUUAAAAUUAACGAGGGAUUUGAACUGGAAAGCAUCAAUGGAAACCUUAACACUGUCGCGCAUCAUGGCCCAGGACAUUACAUGGACCUGAAUGAAGUUAGAUCACGAAAUGGACCUGCCACAGACCCAACACGAAGCUAUUUAGAAAUAAACGAAUAUGCUCCCCUGCAUCCAGGAACGCGCUCGUGGGAAGUGGAGAGAGAAAACGUUACAAUUGAAAAGGUGAUCGGAAAAGGUGCCUUUGGACAAGUCGCUCAAGGAAAAGCUUCAAACCUUCGAGGAAGAGAGGAGACAAUAACAGUUGCCAUAAAAAUGCUGAAAGGUACUCUAUUCAUUNAGUUGCUUACGUGUGCCAUUGUCCUUUAUUCCAACCACCAUUCUGUCGCGAAUGAGACUGUCCAAAAGUGCACCAUAAUUACACGUCCUCGCCAAUGUGCGAAGUGCCGCAACAUACGAAUCAAUGGACUCUCCUGA